AUGGCUUUCGCGCGAUCUCCUCUCAAGGAGCAAAGCUUGGCAUUCAAUGACUUCGUGUCCGGGUUGGAUGCGCUAUACGGUCCUCUCGAAGCUGCACUUGAUGCGUCGGAUGCCGAGCUUUUGCCUUUCAUCAAGGCGGAGACCGAAGAUACUGACAUCGAAGCCGCACUUGAUUACAGUAACGACUACCCCGAUUCACGCGAACGAAGCCCUCCAACGCAUCAUACUCGAGACAAAGCACUCCUUGCGCGCUUCGAACAUUUCGUCCCAAUAGCUAUGUCCAAAGCCGCAGAAGCUACAGGCAUCGACUACACCGGAUGGGACGAGCCCAAGGCCCUUGCGGCGAUUGCCAAAGCCGUUGCGGUCUGGCCACGCCAUGACUUAAGCUUCAUCGAGAUUGACUACCCGCGCGCCAAGCGCAAUUGGAAAAACGGGACUCUCAAGAAGUACGAUAGGAGGGUCCUGGCGGCGUAUGAAGACGAUGACAUCGCGGCUUUGGCUAUCUACAAUCGGAUGAAACCGCGGUACAGAAGACGUGUACUUACCAGGAUUCGCCAAGGGGAGCGCCGUGGGAAGAUGUCGACUGGUGGUGAUCAUUAUGAGCCGGGCAUGUGA